AGCGGUGACGACGAGCCCCCGUCCUGCACCCCCUGGCCCCCAAGCCCCACCCCACCUACCACCAGCCACACCAGUCCCCACAGCAGCCUCCGUCACCCGCCCCACACCAGGAGCACCUGCCCCAGGACUGCCUGCCCCGCCCCCACAAGACACCGCCCCCAGCCUCCCCUGUCCAGAAGGAGCGCGCCCCUCACAGGUCCCGCUCCCGCUCCCACUCCUGCUGCAGCACUGUGGCACUCAACAUAGCCACAGCAGGAGAGGCAGGGGAGAGCUCACACACACACACACACACACACACACACACACACACACACACACACACACACACACACACACACACACACACACACACACACACACACACAUUACUUAUAUAACUGUCACUAAUUACACACAAGUAAUUCUUUCACAGGCCAAUUAUCAACCCCCAAACUAACCCCCUCCUCCCAACAGUUCCAUUACCCUUAUGAUGCAGCCAAGGGGACUGACGCCACCACCACCACCACCACCACCACCACCACCACCACCACCACAACAAGGGUUAUUCAAGUGGGGAACAUGCUUCAGGUGUUGCCCCAAGAUGCCUCAGCCCCGCAGCCCCACUCCGCCAUGAUAGUGCAGGCAGGGAAUGUCAUACAGGUUGUUCCAGCUGACAACAUGCAGGUGUUAGGGGCAGAAGUUGUUGGAGUUGGUGGGAUCAUGCAAGUGGUCGGGGUCCCAGGCUCUCCCAAACCAGCUCCCCAUCUGUGCCUAUGCAGUGUCUGGCCAGCCACUUGUGUGUUUUGGGGACUCAGACCAGCAGAUUCCCACUGUUUAUCCACUGUUUGUGUUGAUGCAGUGUUUGGCCAGCCACUUGUGUGUAUGUAGGGGACUCAGACCAGCAGAUUCCCACUGUUUAUCCACUGUUUGUGUUGAUGCAGUGUUUGGCCAGCCACUUGUGUGAGGCCACGUCGGAGGUGCCUGUGGUGGGGUCGCCAGUUCCAGAGUACGAAGUGGAGGAGGAAGAGGAAGAAGAGGACGAGGAGGAGGCACGGAUGAGGAAGAAGAAAAGAUCAUUAGCUGUAGCUCUCCCUCCAGCUGAUAAGGGGAUAUUAAGGAGCCCUUCCUACAGGUGUGUCUGUCUACCUGUGUGUCUCUCCAUCUCUCCCUCUCAUUUUUCCAGUUUCCCAUUAUUUUCUCCACCCUCUUCCAGCCUCUCACUGUCUUUUCUCAGCCUCUCCCAGCCUCUCACAACCUCUCUCUCUCUCUCUCUCUCUCUCUCUCUCUCUCUCUCUCUCUCUCUCUCUCUCUCUCUCUCUCUCUCUCUCUCUCUCUCUCUCUCUCUCUCUCUCUCUCUCUCUCUCUCUCUCUCUCUCUCUCUCUCUCUCUCUCUCUCUCUCUCUCUCUCUCUCUCUCUUGCAGGUACUCUCCCAGCCGUGUCACAGCUGAUGAUGAUGAUGAUGAUGAUGAUGCCAUGCCCACCCCCAGCCUGAGCCACCCUCCACCCACCCCAGCCCUCACCAAGCCUCCUUCAGUACCCCUCCACACCACCACCACCACCACCAGCGACGCAACAGCCUCAUCUACCUCAGCCGGCCCACCCCCUGGCCCGACCCCCUCCCUGACAGUGGCCCCCCCACGGCAGGCAAGAAGAAGAAGGAGGAGAAAGUAUCAAUAAUCGUACAGAUUCGCGACGAGGAAUCCAGACUGAAACAGGCGCUGGGUUUAAAGAACAUAAUUUUCAACCCUUACGGUCCUGGCCUGGCCCCGAUUGCCAAGCUGCUGGACACCCCUGAGGAGCUGAAGCGUUUUGAGCCCAAGGGCUGCACCAUGAAGGUCCGGCCGGAGGAGAACGAGGCUCGGCAGAACAGAGACAAAGAACGGCGGCGCAGGGACAGGCCGGAGAGGGUCGACAGAAUGGACCGCCCCAGGGCAAAGGAGAGGGACAGACGCACGGACGCACAGGCCACGCAGGUCUGCUCCAUCCACCCACCCGUGCACAGAAAUGCUGGUAUCUCCACGUUGACAACUGGCCAGAGGAAGUAAGGACAGUACCUUGUGUCCCUGCCUCUGCUACCUCACCCCCUGCCCCGCCCCCUGCCCCAGCCCCCCGCACACAAGUCGGCCAAGUCCAAGUGGGACUCUGACACAGAAGAGCAAGUGGACGGACAGAAGUGAGGGGAGAGAGAGAGGAGGAAGAGAAGGAGGAGAGGAAGGAAAAUAAAAAUAUAAUCAAGAAUUUGGAGGAAGAGGAAGACCAGGAGGUACAGGUGAAGGAAGAGAAGGAAGAGGAAUAGACUAUCCCAGAGAAGAUGAAGGAAGAGGAGGAAGAGGAGGAGGAGGAGGAGGAGGAGGAGGAAGAGAAGGAAGAGUGAGGCAAAGGUCUUCCCCGAUUGUUUGACCGAAGAAUACGAAGCUUUCCUUAUGAUGGUGGAUGGAGGAGGAGGAGGAGGAGGAGGAGGAGGAGAGAAGAAAGAGGAGGAAGAGGAAGAGGAGGAGGAGGAAGGAAGAUGCAAGAGAGAGGUCACAUCACUAUAUAAAGAAGAGGAGGAAGACUACAUGAAAAUUGAAGAAGAGGAGGAGGAAAGAAGAAGAAAGAGGAUGAGAGAGGAGGAGGAGGAAGAGGAAGAGGAGAAGAAAGAACAGAAGACCCUGGAGAAGAUGAAGAAGAAGAGGAAGAAGCAAAUGAAGGAGAAGAGGAGGCAGAAGAAACUGGAAAAGAAGGCAAAGAAGAAGAGGAAGGAGAAAGAGAGGAAGAGGGUCAAGAGGAGGAGGAAGAGCAGUGAUAGUUCAGUACAAAUGGAGGAGGAGGAGGAGGAGGAGAGAAGACUUACAAGAGAUAAGAGGAAGAGGAAAUAAGAAUGGACUGCAAUAAGUGGCAGAGAGGAGGAGGAGGAGGACGAUAAACGCAUCACCUCGAGGAAGAAGAAGGAGGAGGAGGAGGAGGAAGAGGAAGAGGAACAAGAAGAGGGUAGAAGAUUCAGCAGACACUCGGAUAAUGGUGAAAGCCCCUCUUAUACUCCACCAAGAAGACUGCAAGAACAGGAGAAGGAAGAGGAGGAAGAGGAAGAAGAGGAGGAGGAAGAGGAGCCACUUUCCCCAUUGGCUCGGUUGGGGUCGAUAGCAAGGAGUCACCAAGGGAGUCAUCGCCAAAACGGGGCAGAACCGGGGCAUUCCGGGUCACCUCAGGGUCAGAGAGGAGCUACCCGGCCAGCGACACGUCUGGGUACUAUGACCUGACCCCGGACUCCUCCAGCGGGGCAUCCGGGGCAAAGACAUUCAAUUUAGAGGAUAUUCCGUACCCUACCAGAGAGAGUGAGAGGCACAGCCCCUCCAACAUGUCCCUCUCCUCCUCCUCCUCUGCCCCACCCACCCCGCCCCGCCCCCCCACCCCAGACACCCUGGAUGCCAUCCCCAUUCCCCCACCCACCCUGGACCUCACCAACAUCCCCAUGCCGCCCGUCACCUUCACCAUCACCCCGCCAGCCCCCAUCCCCAGGCCCAAGAAGGACCCCCUGCCAAGACCCAAGCCCCCGGUCCCCCUUCCUCCCAUGGCAGCUGCCCCACUGCCCCCCUUAUCCGUCCCCUUGCCCUGCCCCACGCCUGCCCACAGGGAGGAGUCCCUACCAGCCUCGCCGCCCCGGGAGGUGCCCCCCAUCGGAGGGGCGCCGGUGUCCCCCGGGGGACAUGACAGCGACGACGACGACGAGCCCCCCGUCCUGCAUCCCCCGGCCCCCGAGCCCCGCCCCACCCACCACCAGCCACACCACCAUAUAGCCUUGGCUUCCUGCGGCCUUCACCCUGCUCAUGACACAUCAAUCCACGCCGGCCGGGACCUUACGCCUUCGAUGUAUGUACUACUCUGGCAGCCCAGCCCGCCCCUACCACCACAGCCCGCACACCCUAGAGCGCCCCCCACAUGCUGGCCUCUUCCCUGCUUCACGGCCAGGCCAGAUGGCUACUCAGUGUGUGGCGGCCUCAGGGCGUGGCAGCCGCCACACCCCCGAGGGCUCCUCGCCCCCAGACCACUGCCACGGCCCACACACCCCAGAGCGCCCCCCACAUGCUGGCGGCUUCCCUGCUUCACCGCCAGGCCAGAUGGCUACUCAGGAUGUGGCGGCUGCCACACCCCCGAGGGCUCCCCGCCCCCAGACCACUGCCAGUACCACAGCCCCGUGGUGCAGUACCACAGCAGCAUCAGUCCUCCCUUCUCCCGCAGCCCCCCGUGGAGCCCCGAUGGGGGGCGCCGCGCCAGCCCCACAGGGUGGCGCAGUCCAUGCUACCAGCACCACCACCACCACCACUACACUGCCCCACCCCGCGACCGCUGGAGCCCCCCGGGGCGCCGCUCAUCACCCCCAGACCGCCGUGCCUCCCCGGAGCGGGGCCGCUCACCCCCCAGCCGCUCCCCACGCUACUCCCCGCGCCAUUCCCAUUCCCGGGGGCUGAGGUCCCCCUGCCGCUCCCCCUCCCCACUGGGUGAGGUGUACCCCUACGAGCGGCGGGGCUGGGGCUGCGCAGCCAGGGAGUGGGAGGCUCUCACCACCACCAUCACAGCCCCAAGGCAGAGCAGAGAAAUAGGGAGGGCAAGGGCUAUGGGUACUCUCCCCCUGCGGCAGUAUUUGAUGACGACCUCCGGAUCAUGAGCGAGGCAGAGAUGUUCUCCAUGGGGUUCCACAAGGGGGAGAACAGCGAGUCUCCCCCCACCUCCCCCGCUCCCCCUCCCCAACACCCUCGAUGCCAAGUCUUUGGGUACUCUCCCAGCCGUGUCACAGCUGAUGAUGAUGAUGCCACCCCCACCCCCAGCCUGAGCCACCCUCCACCCACCCCAGCCCUCACCAAGCCUCCUCCAGUAACCACCACCACCACCACCACCACCACCAGCGACGUAACACCCCACCCCACCCCUCCCCAGACCACAGGCAAGGUGACAGGCAAGGCAUGUGAGAUCCCAGACUGUUGGAUGUGACGCCACAAGACACAGGGCUUCGUAACACCAGUGCACGGUGAUCAAGACAACACUGGACCAGAAAGACGCAAAGUACAGGGAACAACACAGUGCUUCUUCAUUUUAGGUGAGCCAGAAUGAGCUUGUUAAACUGAGCGGCCUCUUCAAGUACCACUGGAACUGUUCGUCAGAGGAGGAGGAGGAGGAGGAGGUAAGGGAGUGCGCCAAGACCCUUUACAGCGGUGCAAAGGAGUGGAGGGAGAUGAGGAGAAAUUUGAAAGAGAACAGAAGUAGAAUGACAUCAGAUAGCAGGAGUCCUUAGGAUUUAGCACAAUAAGAUCAAUAAUUCUCUUACAUGAGUGACCUAAAGUAAGGCAGUUUAGUCUGGCCUAACUUAACUGACCUACCUAUUUCUGUUAUGAGCUAAGAUAGGCUAUGUUAGGUUAUAUUAAAUUAUAUAAUUAUUAUUAUUUUUUCAUCAUUAUUAUUAAAGAAGAAAUAGAACCGAGAAAAUAAAGUUAAAAAUUAUUGUUA